UUUAAUUUUUCUCAUUAAAUAUCGCUAGAUUUUAUGUGGGCAAUCGAGCUAAAUCAAUUUGGUUUGAAACUGAUUGGUUUAUGGCCGAAUAUGACAGUUAAGAAUUCCUUCAUUUCUGAUCUCCGUGUGGGCAUAAUUUUUUUUAUAGUAACUUUUCUAUCCAUUAUUCCUCUUUUAUGCUCCUUUGUACGAGUUUGGGGUGACAUGAUACUCGUGGUAGACAAUCUCCAAGUUACUUUACCUUUACUAGUGGUUUCGCUGAAACUUAUCAUCAUACGAUGGAAACGUAAAGCUAUCGCACUCUUCAUACAAAUGAUGGCGGAAGAUUGGAUGUCAUUAAAGAUAGAUGCAGAAAGGGAAGUGAUGAUAAGACGAGCGCAAACUGCGCGAUUAGUUGUAAUCUGUGGAUAUAGUUUGAUGAUAUUUGUAUUUAUUGUGCUCAUCGUUCUUCCUUCUUUUGGUCUACAUUUCAGAUAUAUAACAAACAAUACGAUUCAAGAAAGACUAUUACCAUUUCAGGCGUAUUACUUCUAUGAGACAGAUAAAAGCCCGCAAUUUGAGGUUGCGCUUAUAAUUCAAGCUACGACAAUGUUUCUAGGCGCAAUAACUUAUACUUCGGUAGAUGCUUUUCUUGGACUCGUAAUCCUUCACAUCUGUGGCCAAUUGGAGAACUUCAAACAUCGAUUAGUCAACUUAACAUCGUGCACGAAUUUUGAUAACGUAUUGCGUAAUAACAUUCAAACUCAUCAACGCAUAAUAAGGUUUGCCGAUAACAUCGAAGAUACAUUUACUUUAAUGAUGUUGGGACUUGUAUUUUAUUUUGGUAUUGUAUUUUGUCUAUUCGGGUUUUUAUUUGUUUCUGUGAUUACUGGGGACGAAAUUGGUCAUAUGUCUCUUACACGUGUAUGCUUUUUGGUAAUUGGCAUCUUUACUCUAUUGGCACAUACAUUUCUCUACUGCGGUGCAGGGGAAAUUAUAGCGGAGCAAUGCGAAGCAGUAUACGAUGCUAUAUGCAAACUUGAAUGGUAUAAAUUGGAACCAAGAAAUGAGAAAAAUCUUAUUUUAUUAAUGAUGCGUAGUAAUGAACCUUUUCGCAUCACUGCCGGAAAGAUAUUUCCAUUAACGAUGACCACAUUUUGCAGUCUACUGAAAACGUCGGCCGGGUACAUAUCAUUUUUGUUAGCAAAGCGCCAAAUUGAAUCAUGAGAAAUGUGUUGUGUUACUCUUAUCUAGAAGUCAAAUAAGAAAUAAAAAUAAUAGAUUUUUAAUUAAAUAAUUGCAUAUAUACAAUUAUGUGGAUGGUAUCUUUUAGAAAUAGAUAGUAACUUUGUUAUCUAUUGUAAAUAAUGUAAAAUGAAUAUAUUAAUAUAGUGUAAAAUAUUUUAAUUUAAAACAUGUUUUUAAAGUUACAUGUCUUUUUAUCGGUUAGUAAAUAAAUCAUAAUUAAAUAAACAUAUUUUACAUACUUUUUCUGAAAAAAAUGUAACUAUGAAAUCGUUAAUGGUAAAACGCAAUGUGUAAAUUUAAUGUAAAAAAUAAUACAUUAAUUUAUUAAUAUAAGGCCUUCUGUAUGAAGGAAACAUUGCAAUACAAUGCAAUGAUAAUGAUAUAUUUAUAUAUUGCAUUAUUCAUAUACAUUUAUUCAUUAUAUUAUAAAGAAAUGUUUUUUUCUUAUUAAAUAUUUACAUUAUUCGUAUA